UGCGAUUGGUUUGGCCUGGAGGCUGCUCUGGUCGAUGUUUCUGAGUUCUACUAGUCCCGCCUGUACAGCUGAAGGGAGAUUAGACGGGACGUUAUCGCCAAAACAGAGGCGAGAGUGUUAUCCAUGAACAUAGAGUAACGCUAAAGAAUUGUCCCUAUGAAAUUUUUUAUGUGACAAAGAAUGGUUUGCUAAAAUCAGUGUGGCUGCUUCCAAUGGCCUUUACACAAGUACAGCUUGGGUGUCUAGCUCGGUUUCUGAGAAGAAGAAACUGUGUGUCUCAUGCAAAUAAUGCUGUUAAGGAUCGAGUCUAUUACUGCACUUCAUCUGCUCUGCGGCUCUACAGCCAACUUCUCUCAGCCUCAAAAAAGAAACUUCCAAUUUUAGUAAAUAAAAUUCAUCCAGAAUAUGAGACACUGACCUUUGUGGGAUGCCAAUCUUCCUCUAAGUCACUUACUUCUAUUAACGCCGACAUCGUUUGUAUGUAUUCGACAAAUCAGCAACUACCCUUGAAGGACCAGAGCAGCCAGCCCACCAUCUGUAAACCUAAAGCACCAUUGUCCAUCGUGGAGGCGAAGACAACCAUCGUGGACAUGUGGUCACUCAGCCUUGGUGCUGUGGGGGCUGCCAUUGCUGGCAUAAUUCUGGCCAACACAGAUUUUUUCUUGACCAAGCCUGACUUUGCUAGUCUAGAGAAUCUGGGGAAUGCUGACCUCAAAACCACUGAAGGAGAUGAGAAGUUGUUUAAAGCUAGUACUCUCUGGGAGACGUCUGGAGCAGUGAUCAUGGCUGUACGGCGCCCUGGAUGAUUUUUGUGCAGAGAGGAAGCCGCUGAGCUAUCCUCUCUGAAGCCCCAGCUGGACAAGCUUGGGGUUCCUUUGUACGCUGUGGUCAAAGAGAACAUUGGUACAGAGGUUCGUGAUUUCAAACCACACUUUGCUGGAGAUGUCUUCCUGGAUGAGAAGAAAGUGUUCUAUGGUCCUACCCUGAGGAAAAUGGGUGGUCUUGGCUUCAUUCGUCUGGGAGUUUGGCAGAACUUCAUGAGGGCCUGGAAUUCAGGCUACCAGGGAAACAUGAAUGGAGAGGGCUUUGUCCUGGGUGGAGUGUUUGUCAUUGGAUCUGGCAAGCAGGGAGUUCUUCUGGAACAUCGGGAGAAGGAAUUUGGAGACAAAGUCAGUAAUGAGGCUGUUUUGGAGGCAGCUAAGAAAAUAGUAGUUCAGAAAUAGAUUAGUUUUUUGAUGCUUAGCGAUCUCGGGAUUACGUGUAGAUCAUAAGCAGGUUGCUGAAACAGAACAAAAUGCUAAUUACUCUUGGUACUAUUACAACAUAUCUUUUUAGAACUAACAGAUCAAGCAUUCAUACAUCUAACCUCAUUGCUAAAUCUAAUGCAGUGAAUGCUCAGGAAAGCAGUUUCUGCUGAAUUGACACAAGGGAGUCUUCUUACAGACAAAAUAAGUACAGUGUGUCAGUGUGAUUGCAUUAUUUGCACCAUUCAGGUACAUAGUUCUUUUGUUCUUUUUGUGCACUGUUGUUUUGCACUUUAGAAGUUAUUGUAUUGAGCUCUUCUUCACUCAAACAGGUUCUGCUUGAUGUCUACUGUGUGACUGUGGCUUGGUUUGUGUGUUUUAAUGAUGGUCUGACUCCAAACUCCUCAGUGAAUGAGCAGACUUGAAGCUUAACAUACUUUCCUGCUUACCAGCGUUUGUCUGAUCGUCAAAGAUCCUGUAAAAAGUGGAGUGUGCUAUGUACAAUAAAAACAGCAGUCACAAAAA